AUGCUCGGUGUCGUCGUCAUUCCUCUUGCCCUUUUUGGUCUAUUCUACCUGGUUCUAACAACCGGGAGAAGGUCCAAAAGCCUUCCUCCAGGACCGCUUACGUUGCCUGUUCUUGGUAACCUCCAUCAAAUUCCAAGGAAGGGGUCUUACUUGAAGUUUACCGAAUGGGCCAAGCAAUAUGGGGGCCUUUACUCUUUGAAGUUGGGCACCGCAACAGCAGUCGUUAUCACCGAUCGCCGUAUUAUCAAAGAACUUGUCGACAAGAAAAGUGCCAACUAUAGCAAUAGACCAGCCUCUUAUGUCUCUCAUGACCUCAUGACGUCUGGAGACCAUCUCCUAGUUAUGCAGUACGGACAAAAGUGGCGAUCUUUCCGCAAACUAAUUCACCAAUAUUUCAUGGAGUCCAUUGUUGAGAAGCAUCACGUUGAGGUACAGAAUGCCGAAGCAGUGCAAAUGCUCCGUGACAUGUGCGUACGUCCUGACCAACACAUGCUUCACCCUAAACGCUUCAGCAACAGCAUCAUCAUGAGUUUAGUAUUUGGCUUGCGGACGCCCUCAGUGGAUACACCCCAUAUGACUCGUCUCUAUGAUAUGAUGGAGAACUGGUCUCAGUUAAUGGAGCCUGGCGCUACACCACCGGUUGAUAUUUAUCCACUUCUCCACUAUGUCCCGCAAAAAUUCUUUGGAAACUGGGUUUCGAGAUCGCAAAACGUGGGCGACGAGAUGAACGAGCUAUAUGCGAGUGUGCUUGAGCGUGUUAGAGAGCGCCGCAAGCUGAAGGGAAGCAAAGAAUCUCUCAUGGAUACUCUGCUAGAUCAAGAGGAGAAAAUAAACCUCAAUCGCCACCAACUCUAUUUCCUCGGCGGCGUAUUGAUGGAAGGUGGUUCGGACACCACGAGCUCCCUCAUUCUCGCAUUUAUCCAUGCUAUGACUAAAUGGGGCGACGUUCUUCAGAAAGCGCAAAAGGAGAUUGACGGUGUGGUCGGUGAAGAUCGAACACCUGUCUGGUCAGACUAUGCCCAACUGCCAUAUGUGGCGACCAUCGUGAAAGAAGCCCAGAGGUGGCGGCCUGUUGUGCCUCUCGCGUUCCCUCACGCUGCCGCUGAAGAUGACUGGAUCGAUGGUUACCUCAUUCCUAAAGACGCCACGGUCAUUAUUAACACUUGGGGCAUGCACCACGAUGAAAAGCGUUUCCCGAACCCGGACACUUUCGACCCCGACCACUACAAGGGCCAGACUGCGCUUGCUCCCGAGCUAGCAGCAGCAACAGACUAUGAAUGCCGCGAUCACUAUGGCUACGGCUCCGGUCGCCGAAUUUGUCCCGGUAUUCACCUGGCUGAACGCAACCUGUUCUUGGCUAUUGCCAAAUUGAUCUGGGCAUUUUCUAUCGAACCCGGCUUGGAUGAAAGUGGCAAACCGGUCAAGUACGACUUCAGCCCCGAGACUGGCUAUAGCGAAGGAUUCUUGGUUUGCGCGAAGGACUUUCCUUGCGUGAUCAAGCCGAGAUCGGAAGCCCGACGGGCAACCAUAAUGAAGGAGCUUGAGGUGGCUCAGAGAGAUGUUUUCUCGCGAUUUGAUAUCUAA